CCCAGAAGAAAUCAUAAAGGAAUUGGACAACAUCAUACAAAUAGAAACAACCAUUAAGAAGAAGAUGUUAAAGGAUAAAGUUACCGAAGACAUCAACAAAUGGAGAAAUCUUCGCAAUAAUUGGUUUAAGGAAGAUAAGAAAAAACUAAUAAAUUCACAAACAG